AUGUCCGAUCCGCGCAGCGCCGGGACUGCCAGCUUUGGCGGCAGCGCUGGCGGCAGUGCCAGUCGAGAUGACACAGUCAAGCGCCUCGUGCGUGCGUUGGAGGCGGAGAAAGCACGUGCUGCUGCGCUUGAGGCCACCAAGGGCAUGACUGUGCGGAGGCUCGAGAAAGAGAAGCACGACAUGGAGAAGAAGCUCGAGAAGGAGCGGGCCACCAAGGCCAUCCGUCGCGCUCGGGAGGCUGAGACCGAGCGCGAGACCGCUCGCAAGCGUGUGGGGGUAGGAACGCGACAGGCAACGGCCGGUCAGGCACUCGCCUACUUAUCCCGCCCUGCCUGCUUGUCCCCUCGUGCAAUUCAGAGCCUCGUGAAGCUUCAAGUGGAGGUUUGCACGUCGGUUGACGUUGUUAUCAUGAUGGACCUGACGGGCUCCAUGUCGGGCUGAAUCCAGGCGGCCAAGGACUACGCCAGGGACAUCAUCAGCGAACUCAAGGCAAGCAAGCAAGAGAGAGGCCGUCACACGCACGAACGGCCUUGAGGCAACGAAACGCAUUAUCUGCUUCUCCGCACGCAGAGGGAGUAUCCGGAGAUGGCGUUUCGGCUGGGCUUCGUUGGUUAUCGCGACCACGGCGAUGGGCCGCAGCGACUCGUCAUCGGCAGCCUGACCUCCGACAUCUCCUCCAUCGAGGGCCUCAUCGCCCGCCAGUCCGCUACCGGUGGUGCCGACGGCCCCGAGGAUGUCGCUGGGGCGCUGAAGGCAGCAGGUGACAUGCCCUGGAAGGCCGCGACGCGUCUGGUGAUCCACAUUGGUGAUGCUCCUCCUCACGGCACGCAGUACUACUACAAGGGAAUGGGCGACGAGUAAGUCUGGUCGAUCGAUUCCACACCGAUGGAUGUGUGUCCGUGAUAUGUGUCCGGCUGCAGCUACCCUCGCGGUGACCCAAACGGCAUGGUGAGGGAUGGAAACAAAGGGGGCUCAUGAAACGUUUCUGUUGCUGCGCUGCGUGCAGAGGAUUGAGGAUUUGAUGCGUGGCUUCUCGAGGGAGUUGUGCAUCGACUAUCGGUUCGUCAAGAUCAACAACAGCACUGACCGCAUGAUCGAGGUGAUGCGUGGCGCCUACAACGACCCCGCCACUCUGCGGGAGCUCAAGGUCAUCCCAUUGGGCAGCGACACCAGCGCCCUCAAAGCCUGCGUCGUCGGUCCGGUAAGCGAGAAACGAUGUGUCGCCGACCGACGCGCGAAGAUGCUCUGUGACGUGAUUGAACUCCAGGUCAAGGAGUCCGUGGCGGCCACCUCCAAGCGGCUCACGCUCCGCACUGGCGCUCGCCCCGGCCGCGGGUCGGUAUUCGCUGGACCUACCGAAGGCAAGCCACGAUACUGCGUCCACGUAUGAGUGUCGAUAUGGUGCGUAUCGAUCAGGUUGGCUGGAGUCGAUUGCUGAGGAGAGCAGCAACGGUGCGGCGCCGAGGCGCGCUCAACGGACACGUAUGCUGACAGCUGCAUCGAUUGACACGUGUGUAAUGGAUGGACGGAUGGAUGGAUGUGUGGGUCAGGUGGAGAAGGCUACUCGAUACAUGUAGCUGCCACGCAGAGGUCGACCACUCGACAGACUGGAAGAACCCGCCCGUCAUCAUCGACAAGCAGGAGACCACCGUCAUCGUCCACGACAAGCCGUUCGCCAAGGGCGCCUUCCGAUACGCCUUCUACAUGGCUGAGGUGAAGGUGGACGGCCGCACUGGAGCCACUUUCGAGUUGAAAAAGGUGAGCAAUCGACGCACAUAGACGGGCGAAUAGCGACGCGUGUGGCGUCACGGGUAUGUGCCUGUAGGUGGCCAAGAUUCCGAUCGAGUUUGAGAGUGUGGAGGAGAGCAAGAAGCUUGCGCUGGCCGACAUGGAGGCACAGGCCAUUAGCAAGGGACUCGCCAAGAUCUUCAACGCGACGCUGUACCCGAAGCGCAUCCGUCGACUGGUCGACUUUCUCGACGUUGGUGGGCACUGACGCAACACAGGCACACAGACACAUAUCUAGGGUGCGUAUCCGUCUGUGUGUGCAGACGUUUACCAGCUGCCUGGCCGGUCUGGUGAGGAGCAGUGGAUGACAGUCGAGCCGCACAUCGAGGGCACCUACGUUAAGUACAACAACAACAUCGGCUGGGUCUCCAACGAGAUCGGCGCCGACCUCGCACAAGCCUUCAGCCAUUGGACGUUCGACUUCACCGGAUGCUACCUCAUGGUAAGAAAGGACAGCGACCCGGGCCAUUCCUCAUGCAAUGGUCGCUGUGUGGUGUAGGUGGUGGACUUGCAGGGCGUUCGCAAGAUCUACACCGACCCCCAGAUACACUGCAAGGUCAGCAAUCAAGAGACAGACAGACAGACAGACAGUCAUCCAGCACCCUCUGUGCACAUCCCUUGCGUUGCAGGAGACCCGUCGCUUCGGUGUGGGCAACAUGGGGGAGAGGGGCAUGUCUGCCUUCUUCGCCUCCCACGAAUGCAACGAGGUCUGCAAGCGGCUGGGUUUGCGCCACCCUGCCGAUCCAUCCCUCCAUGGCCGGAUUUCCCUGGCCCUCAAGAGCCACAUUCCUGCGGUCAUCGACGUGUCGGAUGACCUGGCCCUGCGUGGCCGACACGUGAGGGACGCCCAUCUGGAGAUCUCUUGCGAGUUGUGUGGCGCCGUCUUCGAGGUCAGCCAGCUGCUCUGCUCUGUCCCAUCAAUCGCAUGUGUGUCACGAAUCGCCGGCUUUUGGUGCAUCUCAUUGCCCGCAGGUGAACGGGCACCGCUACCUGAAGCUGCACAAGAAGAAGCGCGACAUCUGCUGUCUCGACUGCGAGGCUCGCCCUGGCGAGACACUCGAUGCGGAGUGCGACCGGUGCGGCAGGACCUUCGCCUUCGCGCCGUAAGCACGCUAUCCCUGCACACAGACACAGACAACACACACACACACACACACAGAGAGAGAGAGAGAGAGACAUAAAGGGCAGGUGUAUCUGUUUGUGCAAUCAGGUACUGGUAUUUGAUGCGUGGGGUGAAGGAGCCGACCACGUGCAGGGAGUGCAAGUGCAGGGAGUCGCAUCACCCGCGAGAAGUCUACCAGGUGCACGACGUGGGUGUGUGCGACGCAAUCCGCCUCGGGUGGGUACUUUGCUGA